AGAACAUGCGAACGCACUCCGACCAUUGAUUAAUCAAAAUCGACGUCAAAGGAAAAUGAUCGAGUCGCGCCAUAAAUUCAACAGUAAAGAGCUGGACAUCGAGAUGUUCCGGCAGGACUCCAUCGAGGAUUUCCAGGACACCGUCGAGGAAUCGAGCUACUGCUACAGGAAACCGUUGAUACCGAACGUGGUUCUGUUCAUCUUGCACAUCGUGGUGCUCGGGGUGCUCAUCUUCGCCCUCGCGUAUUUCACCCAGGUGCAACCGGAAACCAAAAUAAUCAUCAGACGCGCCUGGAAGAACGGUACCUUCAAGAAAAUCGGUCCUAAGGUCAUCAUUAGGAAGAUCCCGAUAUAUUUUUAGGAUGUACCAAGUAGAUUAUUAAACGAUUUUUUUUUAA